GUGUGAUAACUUCUCACCGUCCAAAGCCAAACAACUCAACUUUUUUUUUAUAAUUUUUUUUAUUUAUAUUUAUUUUUCAGUUUUUUUUCAUUUAUUUUUUUUUUUCAAAUUGUUGAACACCUAGCUCACAAAUCCAAAAUUAAUUGAAACUUUAUAAAAGCCUACGUCAAAUCUUUAAAAAGUUUUGAACUUCUUACAACACCCACACCAAAUUUUCUGAAAAGCUGUUAAAUAUUUAAAAACCCACAUCAAAUUUGUUAAAAAGUUUUGAACUUUAUAAAAACCCACAUCAAAUCUUGAAAAAUUUUGUGAAAUUUUUAAAAACCCACAAAAAAUUUUGGAUUUUUUUUUUUAAAUAAAUAUUUUUUUGGAUGGAAAAUGGAAAUUAUAGUGGGGGUGGAGGUAGUGGUGGUGGUGGUGAGAAACAGAGCCAACGUCUGCCCCUUUCAGAUGUGGUGUCUGAUUGUGUAAGAAGAUGGUUUCAAGAUACACUUAAAGAAGCAAAAUCAGGGGAUCUGUCUAUGCAGGUUUUGGUUGCUCAGAUGUAUUCUAAUGGUUAUGGGAUUCCUAAAGAUCAUCAAAAGGCAAAAAUCUGGAUGACAAGAGCUGCUAGAAUCCGAUCUUCAGUUUGGAAAGUUAGCGACAAACGUCCAGGUUAUAAUGCAAGUGAUUCUGACUCAGAAGAGUUGCUGGAUGACUCUUGAUAGGAUGAAAAGGGCUCUUGGAUUGUUCUUCUAAUCAUCAUUAGUACGAAAUUGCACUUGGAUUUUUGAUGCAUAUUUCGUGUUCACAUUAUGCUGUUUGUUUUUGCUUUAAAAACCUUUUGUACAUUUGACAGGCCUCUCCUGGUUUAGUUCGUGUAGAAACAACUUUGCUUUUCUUUUCUUGUUUGCCAAUGAACAGUUUGUGAAUCUUUAGCUCAUAUGAUUUCUCUUGGACUUGAACGAAA